GCUCCACAGUGAAAACAAGCCGAUCAGCUGAUCUGACCUGGCAACAACAUUAACCAACAUCUACCGGGGAGGGGAAUCAUUUUACAAGCUGUUGGGGAAAACAGUCAUCUUAAAGUCACCCGGCUUUUAAAUCUGUGUUUGUCAAAUAGUCGUCGUCGUGUGCGAUGUUUCGGGGAAUCUGGCAGUUUGUUUGAUGACAAUUGUGGUGUGAAUCUUGCUCGAAAUCACCCUGUUUUGCUGUUUUGUUCGGUCAAAGCUGUGUUGAUCAGUCUGUUGUCGUUGUGUAAACAUUCUCUAAACAGUCUGUGUGAUACCAGACAGCGAGCAGUUCAGCUAUAUAAGUUAUAUUUCUAUCCCCAGUGUUUGUUUUAUUUAAUAUUUGGGGAGAUUUUGCAGACACGUAUGCUAAUCUUAGCUAUCUUGAGUAACAAAAGCCCAGGACGAUUUCAGCCUUCGUUUGUAGCUGUUAGUGUUUAUUUCAUUUCGACCGUUUUCAGUUGUUCUCGUUUGUGACGGCUUGAUCACUUUUAAUUUCGCCAACAAGCUAGAAAAGUCUGAUCUAGUGCCAGUUCUAUACGGAUUUCAACAGAUCUAUUUAUAGUUCAUAUUGAAUAUUUGAUUUUAAGCCAGUGUCUUAAUUUGACACAUCACCGUUUGAAUUCCAAUGAAAUUCAAUGCACGAAGACAUUGUUCAACAUCGCAAGUGCAAUAAUCAGAUAUGAUUAUAUUUAUUCGAGCCUAAAGCGGUACAUAUAUCGUCUCGUUGUUUGUUGUACAUUCGGGUUGGCCUCUGCUGUAACGGGAACGUUAGUUGAUUCAAUUUAUGUAGAAGCGUCAUAUCGGAUCCGACCGGUCAAUAUAUUUACUGUUAAAAAGUGUUAAUACUUUACAUUUUGUUUGCUAUCUCGCUUUUAUAUAAACAUCUAGAAUGAGCGGCAAAGGCUCGUCGGUGGAAAAGGGGUUGAACGGGGUUUUGUUCUGUCAGGAGAGUUACGCGUGCGGCGGGUCCGAUGAAGCCGCCUUCGAGUGCGACGAGUGUGGCAGCCUGCAGUGCACCCGCUGCGAGCUGGAGCUCCACCGCCAGGACCGCAUGAGGAACCACGAACGAAUCCGCAUCUCACCUGGCCACGUACCGUACUGCGAUUCGUGCAAAGGGGACGGGGUGAACGGGGGUCGCCUGAGAGCGGUGGUCCGUUGUCAGGGAUGUAAAAUCAAUCUGUGUUUGGACUGUCAGAAACGAACGCAUAGCGGGGUUAGUAAAAAGAAGCAUCCGAUCGCUGCCUACCCUCCACCCAAACCCGCCGAAGAGAACCCCAGCACUGGAGAUGAGCAGCUGGAUGCUUUAAAAGCUUCCUUAGAAAAAGUCGUUAGCUUCCUUUUAGUGGAUGAAAAAGAAGACAUGCAGAUGAUAGAUGAGCAUGAAUUCGUGAGGAAUUUAGCCUGCAGUCCCGACGAGCUCCUCAAGGUGGUGUCUAUUUUCGGCAACACCGGAGAGGGCAAAUCCCACACCCUCAAUCACACUUUCUUUUUGGGUCGUGAAGUCUUCAAAACGUCCCCAACUCAGGAAUCCUGCACUGUUGGGGUGUGGGCUGCACUUGACCCUAUUCAUAAGGUGGUAGUUGUUGACACAGAGGGACUCCUGGGGGCAGGAACCCAUCAGGGACAGAGGACCCGCCUCCUGUUAAAAGUUCUCGCCGUGUCCGAUGUGGUCAUCUAUCGGACGCAUGCUGACCGGCUGCACGAUGACCUUUUUAAGUUUCUUGGGGAUGCGUCCGAUGCGUAUCUAAAGCAUUUUACGAAGGAGCUAAAAGCCACCACUGCCCGCUGCGGUUUGGAUGUACCCCUUUCCACUCUUGGUCCCGCUGUCAUCAUCUUCCAUGAGACGGUCCACACCAAGUUAUUAGGUUCAGACAAGCCGUCAGAAUCAGCUGAGCGGCUUCUUCAGGAACGUUUUAGAAAGCUUGGCCUCUUUCCUGAAGCAUUCAGUUCAAUACAGUACCGGGGAACCCGUACCCACAAUCCCCCCACUGACUUCAGCGGCCUGCUACGGAGCUUGGAGCUGCAGUUAGACAACAACACUACAAGAUCACCACGAACCGCUGGUGUCAUCUUCAAGGCCCUACAGGCUUUAAGUGAAUGCUUCAGUGGAGAUAUUCCUGAUGAACAUCUGGCAAGCAACUCGUUCUUUCCAGAUGAGUAUUUUACCUGUUCCAGCAUCUGCCUCAGUUGUGGCUCAGGCUGCAAAAACAGCAUGAAUCAUCUACGGGAGGUUGUUACGCACGAAGCUAAACACCGCUGCCGUUACUCCGCCCACUACGAUAAUCGCAUCUACACAUGCAAGGCUUGUUACGAAAGUGGCAAGGAGGUCAUUGUGGUUCCAAAGACAACAGCGUCCUCUGACUCGCCUUGGUUCGGUCUGGCGAUUUAUGCCUGGUCUGGAUAUGUGAUUGAGUGUCCAAACUGCUCAGUGAUCUAUAGAAGUAGGCAAUACUGGUAUGGAAACCAGGACCCUGUUGAUACAGUGGUCCGGACUGAGAUCCAGCACGUCUGGCCUGGGUCCGACGGGUUCCUGAAGGACAACAACAACGCCGCACAGAGACUUCUGGAUGGUGUGAACUAUAUGGCUCAGUCUGUUUCGGAACUAAGUGUCAAGCCUGCCAAAGCUGUCACUGCCUGGUUGACAGACCAGAUUGCCCCUAGUUACUGGAAGCCAAACUCUCUCAUCCUUAGAUGUUACAAAUGUGGAGAAUCAUUCCAGGAUAAUGACACAAAGCACCAUUGCCGGGCCUGUGGAGAAGGUUUCUGUGAUUCUUGCUCUUCUAAAACACGGCCGGUCCCUGAGAGAGGCUGGGGACUGGCACCUGUGCGGGUCUGUGAUGCCUGCUUUCAAAACAGAGGCAUCCCUGAAGAACUACUUGAUGCAGCUCUGGAAGAAGAAGGUGGUGGGACUCUUAUCGCCAGGAAAGUGGGAGAAGCUGUUCAGAACACAUUAGGAGCCGUAGUGACAGCCAUAGACAUCCCUCUUGGCCUGGUAAAAGACGCAGCCCGUCCAGCUUAUUGGGUACCUGAUCAAGACAUCCACUGCUGCUUUCAGUGCCAACGCGAGUUUAACAUGCGUCUUUCUAUCCAUCACUGCCGUGCAUGUGGACAAGGAAUAUGUAACGACUGUUCCCCAGAUCGUCGGGCCGUGCCCUCCAGGGGUUGGGACCAUCCAGUGAGGGUGUGCAUCACCUGUAACCAAAAACCUGGAGAUCUCUAGCAGAACUGAACGUUACUUCACGUUAUAAGACACCCCAUUUGUGGCCAUUGUGUUUCAGUCCUGGCUGGGAAGGAAGCAUUGCUCUUAAACCAAUAAAUCCUAUUGGUUGUGCGAAGCAAGAGAAACAUCUUUGCUUUCUUCCCCAACACUGUCAUUUCAACAUACAUGCUCUUCACGCAAGCGGUUCACAGUUUAAGAUGUGUAAUGGCCUUUUUUUAGGUUUAAAUCCAUCAAAUGAAAAAAAAGUAUGUCAAGUCUUUUGACAAUCCUUUGUUUGUCAUGCAAUACGUUACCUGUGGGUGAAGAGAGGUAAUAUAUGGCCACUACAGGAUGCAUUAGACAUGUGCACAAACAGUAGUUUUAGCAUAUAAGCAUCUUUGUUUACCGUUCUUUUGCGUUGCUCAAUUUUCAGUCCUUGGACUGAUUAUAUACCCUGCUUGUUUCAUUUUUAAAAUGCAAGGUUGUUUUGCAUUCCUUUAUCCUUGAUAUACAGUAGAUUUUAGUCCAUUCCUCUUUGUCUCUAUAAUUUACUGCUUAUUAUUAAGCUGGUCACAUGAUCAAGUUAUCAGAUGUUGUUCAGCAUAAUUUAAGUUCUCAUUUAUGUUAAACAGUCAGGACUAUUACGAUUUCAAAAAUAAUCUUUUUAAUGUAUCCCUCUUAACUGCAUACUGACUCAAAGCCAUGUUGAAACUGCACAACCUAUUGUAUAUGGCUUCGAAAAGAUUUUACAUUUAUGCAAGAGAAGCCAAUCCUGAUUAAUCCAUGGGAUCUAACAUUCUCCUGUUAUCAUACAGUAGCUGCUCUUAUUCAGCCCCUGAUGUAUUAUCACUGUCAGCUAAACUGUUUUCUUGGUCAAAAAACAUUUAUGUAGAAUAUGUUUAUCAAAGACUCAGUGAGGCAUUGUGCGUGGAUGACUAAACAUGACAGACAAAUUCAUAAAAUCAUGUUAUCUGCACCUUGUAUGCAAAUUAAAUUUAAACUUGAGUACAAA